GUCAUUUAUAUGUCACCUGCUAAACAUCAAAUUCUCCUCUUCCAGACUAUACUGCUCUAGCAAACCAAAAUCCUCUCUCUCUCUCUCUCUCUCUCUCUCUCUGUGUUUUUUUUCCAUGAUUCAUUAAUCCACCAUUUUCAAUUGUAUUGAUUACUCAUAAUUUUAUAAUUUGUAUCCACCCUUCUCCCGAUUUUCUACGCCGUUAUAAUUUCUUCAGUCCGUGAACGUUUUUCGUAUUGAUUUGUAGCAGUUUCCCUAAAUUAUCAGCGUACUCUACCGGUGGAUUUCAAUUUUUCCGGUACUCUCUGUUGAUAUUAUUGGUGGAUCACGGUGUUAGAAUUAUUUCAGGUUGCGUUUGUAGGAGAUUAGAUUGUGCAAGGGGGGAAGAGAGGGAAAAGGAUUGAAUCAAAUGGCAGCUGGAAAUCCGGGUCGCCCAAAUGUGCCAGGUGGGCCAGCUGCUAGUCCCUUUGCAGCAGCACCUCCCCCCGCAAUGAGUCCCUUUUUAUCAUCUGGUCCUGUGGCUAGUAGACCGAAUGGCCCUGGUGUUAGACCUCCUCCAGCAUCCGCUCCUUCCGUCACAAUGCCUUUCUCAUCUUCUGGACCCAUGGUAGGACCACCAGUUGGAUUCAGGCCUUCACCACCUGUUGGUUUUACUGAUCCAUCUACAACUACUCCUUCUGGACCACCAACAUCACUUGCUCCGCCUACAUUAAAUCAUUUCCAGCAAUUUUCAGCCCCACAAUUCCCGGGGCCUCCAGCAAGUUCUCCUAUUCGUACACCUGUUGGUGGGCCCCCUAAUGUGGCUUUUUCCAUGGCGCCUAAUAUGCCCCCAUCAUUCCAACGGCCUAGUAUUUUAUCUCCAAAUCCACCCCUAACUUUCCGCCCCAAUUCUCCGGCACCUCCUGUCCAAUUGACAUCUCCUCCCCAACCUUAUGCUCAGGCUCCACCCGUUCAAGCUGCAUCACAACCUCAACCCUAUGCUCAAGCUCCUCCCGCUCAAAUGCCAUCGCAACCACAACCUUAUGCUCAGGUUCCAGGAGUAUCACCUCCCACUUACUAUGGCCAGAAGCCUGCCUACCUCCAGUCUGCCACACAACCUGGUAGGGCUAACAUAAAUUCUCGAGAUCAAAUGCAACAACACCUAUCUGCUCCUCCAACGAAUGCUAUGCAGGGUUUAGUAGAAGACUUUAACUCUUUGUCCUUGGGCUCCAUUCCUGGAUCAGUGGAUCCUGGACUUGAUCCUAAAGCAUUGCCAAGGCCACUGGAGGGUGAUGUAGAGCCAGCUAGCUUCCAUGACAUGUUUCCAAUGAAUUGUGGCCCAAAGUUCUUGCGCCUUACUACUAGUGGUAUACCAAAUUCACAUUCUCUUGCAUCAAGAUGGCAUUUACCACUUGGAGCUGUUGUUUGUCCACUUGCUGAAACUUCUGAAGGGGAGGAAGUGCCCAUAGUGAAUUUUAGUGCUGGAGGUAUUAUUCGCUGCAGAAGAUGCCGCACAUAUGUAAAUCCUUAUGUCACAUUUACAGAUGGUGGAAGAAAGUGGCGUUGCAACAUGUGUGCCUUGCUUAAUGAUGUCCCUGGUGAUUAUUAUGCCCAAUUAGAUGCAACAGGCAGAAGAAUUGACGCAGACCAACGACCUGAACUUAUCAAAGGAAGCGUUGAAUUUGUUGCACCUACUGAAUAUAUGGUGCGGCCACCUAUGCCGCCUCUCUACUUUUUCCUCAUUGAUGUGUCAGUAUUGGCGGUGAGGAGUGGUAUGCUUGAGGUUGUGGCUCAGACUAUCAAGUCUUGCUUGGAUGAGUUACCUGGGUCCCCUCGAACACAAAUUGGUUUUAUAACAUUUGACAGCACCAUACACUUCUACAACAUGAAGUCAACUUUGACACAACCCCAAAUGAUGGUGAUCUCAGAUGUGGAUGAUGUAUUUGUUCCUUUACCAGAUGAUCUUCUUGUGAACCUCUCUGAAUCGAGAAAUGUGGUGGAUUCGUUUUUGGAUAGUUUGCCAACCAUGUUUCAAGACACUAUGAAUGUCGAAUCUGCAUUUGGUCCAGCUCUUAAAGCUGCACUCUUGGUCAUGAGUCAACUUGGUGGUAAACUAUUGAUUUUCCAAAAUACUCUGCCAUCUGUUGGAGUUGGUCGGUUGAGAUUACGAGGUGAUGACGCUAGAUUGUAUGGAACUGAUAAAGAACAUUCCCUGAGAGUAGCUGAAGACCCAUUCUAUAAGCAAAUGGCAGCAGAUUUUACCAAGUACCAGAUAGGAAUUAACGUGUAUGCAUUUAGUGACAAGUACACAGAUAUAGCUUCAUUAGGUACUUUGUCUAAGUACACAGGUGGCCAAGUUUACUACUAUCCCAGUUUCAAGUCAAACAUGCAAGGCGACAAGUUGAGACAUGAAUUGUCUAGAGAUCUCACCAGAGAGACUGCUUGGGAGGCUGUUAUGCGCAUAAGAUGUGGGAAAGGUGUGAGAUUCAAUUCUUAUCAUGGAAACUUUAUGUUGAGGUCCACUGAUUUGAUAGCACUUCCAGCUGUGGACUGUGAUAAAGCUUUUGCCAUGCAAUUAUCCCUGGAAGAUACAUUACUGACAACUCAGACUGUGUACUUUCAAGUUGCAUUGUUAUACACUGCAUCAUGUGGAGAAAGACGUAUUAGAGUACACACAGCUGCUGCGCCAGUGGUUGCUGAUUUGGGAGAGAUGUAUCGGAGAGCUGAUACUAGUGCCAUAGUUUCACUGCUUGCCCGGCUAGCUAUUGAGAAAACUUUAUCCAGUAAGCUGGAAGAUGCUCGGUCUUAUCUGCAAUUGAGGAUCAUAAAGUCUCUUAAAGAAUAUCGUAAUCUGUAUGCGGUGCAACAUCGGUUGGCUGGACGGAUAAUAUAUCCUGAAUCUUUGAAGUAUUUGCCUUUGUAUGGAUUAGCACUUUGUAAAUCUACACCCCUUCGUGGAGGGCAUCAAGAUGCUCAACUAGAUGAGCGCUGUGCAGUUGGAUCAACAAUAAUGGCUUUGCCGGUAAAAAGUCUAUUAAAGUUUUUGUAUCCCAGCUUGAUUCGUGUGGAUGAAUUUCUAGUAAAGGCAUCUUCUCUGGAAGAUCUCGAAGAUGCUGAGAAGCGCCUACCCCUGACGGCAGAAAGCUUAGACCCCAGAGGCCUUUAUAUUUAUGAUGAUGGUUUAUGCUUUGUCCUUUGGAUUGGCAGAAUGCUUUCUGCCGAGAUCGCUAGGAAUUUGAAUUUUGAUUUUGCUUCCGAUCUUUCACAGGUCAACUUCUGUGAGAGUAAUAAUGAAAUGUCAAGGAGGCUAAUGGGGCUACUUAAGAAGCUGAGAGAGAGUGAUCUAGCUUACUAUCAACUUUGUCACAUUGUAAGGCAAGGUGAACAGCCUAGGGAAGGUUUCUAUCUUUUGGCAAACCUUAUUGAGGAUCAGACUGGUGGUGUAAGCGGCUAUGUUGACUGGCUUACACAAAUCCACCGACAGGUCCAGCAAAAUGCAUAAUGAGCAGAUAUUGAAGGGAUGUAUGAACUUACUAUAAGAUAGCUUCAACCCGCAAGAGCCAUAUUUUCUGUGUAUAGCACAUCACGGUUAACAAGUCGGCUCGAUGACAUGGUCCACUCCAGACUACUACAUGGUACCUCUCAAGAACACUUAUGAAGUUAUGAUCAAAUAAAUGGGAUCAUGAGUCGAAGGUAUAAUUUCCAGCUAGGAUUUUGUGAGCAAAUCAUUUUCUUUUUGAAAUAUUAUUUUUGAUGAAAAAUAUUUAGGACAGGUGUAAUUUAGUAAGAUCAUAUUUUGUUUUUAUCACCAGAUUUUGUUAGCAAUUUUAUUUAUUUAUUUUUUUUGAAUUUAAGCAGGAAUCAGGAUUCUUUUAUAUAUUGUGUGAUCAUAUUUCCUCUUUUAUUGGCUUCCGUAACUAAGCCAACCCCCCCCCCCGCCUUGUUUUAGAGGGUUUUAACUUUUGUACGUUGUGAAAUACACUAAGAAAUGGAUUGAUAUUAUCUCCUUUCUUCAAGAUCUUUUAUUGGAAUACUCUUGUCUUUAAAUAUUUAUCUUUUUU